AUGCAAAGGAAAAUACGCCGUCCUGUUCGGAGACGCCGGCGUGUUGGCUUGUUGCUGCCAAAGCUUGCGCACCCCGUACAGGAGACGGAAACAGAUGACGAGGAUGGCAAUGCGCCGUUGGGCACAUCGUUCUCACCGUCGCUUCAGGCGCAACAAUCCGUGAGGCUUGCCAGCACAAGUUUUAAAUUUUCCCGUGCCGUAUCACUGAGCCGCAGCAACACGAGCGCAACGGAGAAUAUUGAGGGUGAAUUAUGGUACGUGACAUCAAACAUGGGACCAGGGAAGCGCGCCACAUUGGCGAUGCAAUGGGUGACGUGCGACGAUCACAAACUGACGGUUUCAAGCGGCUGGAGCGAACGGGGUCGUAUAAUAGACAUGAUGCAAUUUGAUGGGAUUCGUGUCAUAUUUAGUUUUUCCCACGUGCACGAGCACUUUGCCUCCUUGCGUCAGGCUCCAAUAACGAGGAUUGUGCGGCGGGACGAUAACGGCAACUCCAUUUAUGUAAACGUCUGCAAAAAAGAUAAAGAGGACAGUAGAAACGAUUAUCAGCCACCACGGAGAGCCAUGCGAGAAUUCCGCCUUUGUGAAGGGAAGCUAAGGCCACGGUACUACUACUUUGGCAUUGAGUUCAGUGAACAUCGGGAUAACACCGGCGCACCCCGCAGACGGCAGCGACGACUUAUUAUUUUCGCAACGGACAUAAAAAGUGACCAGCAGGCGUGGUUGAAUUACUUCGCGUCGCUGGGGGAUCUCAAGUGCCGUUCCAUUUCAAAAACAAGCAAUACCCACGGCUGUUUUUCCGUGCAGGACGAGUCGCAUUCUCAGAGCUUGCCGGAGCCACAAAGUGUGGGGCGCCUGAACCUCGAGGAAAGGGACUGGGGCUCCUCUCGGUCAUACGAGCCGCUCGAGUUUGCCGCCACGGGACGCCCCGGCAGUGAGUCUUCCCCUUUUCUGGUGGAUUUUGAUGAACUUUCGGAGUCCCACGCAUCCGCUUUCCCUCGUUCCCGCCACAAUGAACAGUUGAGGAAUUAUUUAAUCGCUCAACUGACAGAUGAGGAAACACGUUUGCGUAAGACACUCUUCGUGGAAGAGGACAGCGACAGACGACGGCUGUGUGCCGUUCGACAGGCGUUGUCUUUAGCAUUUAGAGACAAUAAUUUAUUCUCCGCAUGGACAUCCACGCGACUGGCCAAGACGGGUACAACCGAUGAUGCCACACUCGCAGCAUGCGGCUUAUUUUUUCCUCAGUGCGAAAAGGUCUCACCGGAAACAAGUCAGUGUGUGGAGUUUAUAACUGACACUAUCAAAAUGCUACAAAGAACAAUAACCGAGAAAAACAAUCAUAUAAAUGAUAUGAAAAAAAUGCUGGAAGAGUUACGAAGGCAAUUAACUGUUGACAACAACAAAAUUCAAACGUUAGAAGAGAAACACCGUCCAAAUGUAUGCAACAAAGAUGUAAAUGGAAAAAAGGUAAACAAGGAAGCAACAACGCCUCCAAAUAAGCCAGGGGGCCAAGAAGCAGACGACCGUGUGCGGCAUCUUAUUGGUACUGUGCAGGAACUAAAAGAGCGGCUUCGGGCGACCGAACUUGCCCGCACUGUAUUGGAAAAACAGAACGAGCGCCGACGCCGUGAGCUGGAGGAGCAAAUGGCGCAGCUGGGCACCGAGAGGGAUGCGUUGGCGGAGCGUGUGCGUGAGCUAGACACGCGACUGGGCAGUGCGACCGUCUCUCUGCAUGACGCGGAGCAUGAGUGCGAAUUGGUGGCCGGGCUGCUUGGAGUUCCGACGGUGGAGGCCGGCCGUGAGAGCGAUGUAUCCGUUGCGGGCCGCCUGCGGUGUGUCUCUGGCGCUGUGCGUGAGCUGGGGGAGCAGAACGAGCGCCGACGCCGUGAGCUGGAGGAGCAACUGGCGCAGCUGGGCACCGAGAGGGAUGCGUUGGCGGAGCGUGUGCGUGAGCUAGACACGCGACUGGGCAGUGCGACCGUCUCUCUGCAUGACGCGGAGCAUGAGUGCGAAUUGGUGGCCGGGCUGCUUGGAGUUCCGACGGUGGAGGCCGGCCGUGAGAGCGAUGUAUCCGUUGCGGGCCGCCUGCGGUGUGUCUCUGGCGCUGUGCGUGAGCUGGGGGAGCAGAACGAGCGCCGACGCCGUGAGCUGGAGGAGCAACUGGCGCAGCUGGGCACCGAGAGGGAUGCGUUGGCGGAGCGUGUGCGUGAGCUAGACACGCGACUGGACAGUGCGACCGUCUCUCUGCAUGACGCGGAGCAUGAGUGCGAAUUGGUGGCCGGGCUGCUUGGAGUUCCGACGGUGGAGGCCGGCCGUGAGAGCGAUGUAUCCGUUGCGGGCCGCCUGCGGUGUGUCUCUGGCGCUGUGCGUGAGCUGGGGGAGCAGAACGAGCGCCGACGCCGUGAGCUGGAGGAGCAACUGGCGCAGCUGGGCACCGAGAGGGAUGCGUUGGCGGAGCGUGUGCGUGAGCUAGACACGCGACUGGACAGUGCGACCGUCUCUCUGCAUGACGCGGAGCAUGAGUGCGAAUUGGUGGCCGGGCUGCUUGGAGUUCCGACGGUGGAGGCCGGCCGUGAGAGCGAUGUAUCCGUUGCGGGCCGCCUGCGGUGCGUCUCUGGCGCUGUGCGUGAGCUGGGGGAGCAGAACGAGCAUCAACGCCUUGAGUUGGCUGAAGCGGAGUCCCGUCGUGUGCUUGAGCUGGAGUUUGUUCGUAUCCUUUCUUCGCUCUUUGUUGAUGAACGUAAUGCAUUGCGUAGUGAGUGUUUUAAACUGUGUGCCGAGUUGGAAGAGUGGAAACGUUCGUUUUCGAAGAUUUCUGUUUCCGUUAACGAUGCUGUGGAGAGGUUGGGUUGUGCUCUGCAUGGUGUAUCGAGUAAUAGCGGUGGAGAUGUUUGCGUGUGUAAAGGUGUUGACGUUAUUUCCUCUUCUAGUCUUGUGGAUCCUGCUGCUGUUGGAGCGGUGGCAGUGAAGUUGGAGCGGCUGGCGUCUGUGUGGCACACGGUCGGCCAGGGUCAGCAUCUGGCGUGUGCGCGUUAUUAUGAGGUGGCUUGUGAGUUGCUUCGAGAUGUUUUUCAAGCGUUGGGCUUAAUGGCGCCUUCUUCUUCGUUCCAUGCGCCGUUUGGCGCGAGGGAGGAGGUUCUGCAGGAGUUACUGACGUGGACGAGUACCCCGCAGGACUGCACGAAUGUCGAUGGGAAUGGAAGGUUGUUGCUGGCGCGCUAUGAAGAGACAAUGGCAGCGGGAAUACGUGCUGUGGAGACCGACGUGCUGCAGCGUGUGCGGCUUGCCGCGGAUCGUAUUUUGAGGGUACGUCUUGCCUACGAAGCCGUUGGGAAUGCGUUGGGGGAUGGAACUGUGCAAGUGGCUGCAGGCACGAGUGACGGCGAGGACGACAGCGUCGUUGCGAAGAUACGCGAACUGCAUGUGUGCCUGAGGGACUCGCUGGAGUCGCUUGUGACAUUUCUCGGAGAUGACACGGGAGGUGCGACGCGGCGGCUCCACGACGGUGUUUCGUUUGAAGCGAUGGUCAAGGAACUGAUGAAAGAAUGUCGCAGUGCCUCGGCGGCAUUUGUGGACAUCACGUCACUAGUGCGGGAUGGAGUGGAGGAGAAGGAAGAAGUCCCGGGCAGCGAAGCCACCACCAUCACCACCACAAACAAAAACAACAACCCUAAACCUCUUGUUUGUUGCUAUGAGGACCUUGUGGUAUCAGUGCGGCGCUCGUUGACGCGGGCCCGCGGUGAGCGGGAGAAAUACAAGCGUCUUUGCGAGGAAAUACGUCGUGUACUCGCCAUGACAACAGGUACGGUGAGCGUUGCGACGCAGUCUUCGCUCCUUGGAGCUUGCCUGCCACAUGCUGACGUUACCACGGAUAAUAUCAGCUCUUUUGCGGAUGCGCUUGCCAGUCAGAAGACGAAACCGUUGUUUUCUAAAGAGGAGUUGGUUGGUUCGGGAGAUUCAGAUUCGUGCCAGUCGCCGUUGGGGUCGCGGCAUUCCUUUGAGAUUGUGCACCAGGUGCGAAGCCACAUCGCCUCGAAGGUGGCGGAGGUACAGGAGUUGCGCACAGCCGUCACGACGAGUGUGGAGAAGCUUGGCGGUACUGUGACUUCCCCAAGCGUCGCAUCACACGUUAUUGCCAACACGUUGCUGGAUGUUGUGCGGGAGACAAGCGCAUCCAUUGCGGACGUGCAAGCCCUUAUCGAUCCCGAUGCCGCCGCGGUGCGCUCGGGCCCUCCGCGGCUACGCGACCUCGUCAGCUGCCUCCAGGUGAAGGUGGGCGAGUGGGAGGCGAGUAUGCGGGAGGCGCGGGAACUCGUGAAUUCCGUCAUGAACGUGAAUGACCCGAACUAUUCUCUCGCCGCAUCGCCCGGUCGCUCACUCACGCGUAAAUCGAAACCGAAGCCGGUGGUGGCGGGCAGAGGUGACGAGUCGCUCUCGCUUAACCGCACGUUCCCGGUGUCGUCUGAAAGUGUUUCUAUCGGACAACUCCCGGACGGGCGCAGUGUUGCCGAUGCGUCCCCGCGGAAGAACCGUGCGUUCACCCCUUUUUCCAGCGAGGCGGAGGGUGGCGGGGUGAGCGGCAAGUUUGUGCAGGACGCCGUUCUGGAAAUACGCGCCAAACUCAUCGGGAUCCGACAGCUGACAAACGCAUGCGCCACCGCCGUGUGUCUUAUGGGCGGCGAGGAGGGGGUAGAGAGGCAGGCGCUCGAUGUGCUGCCAGUGCAACUUUUGCAGCGGGCACAGGAGGUGAACGAGGUGAUUCAGUUGACGCAGGACGCCGUCUCUCUUCUUGACGGCACGGAGGAGGAAGUGGGGGGGACGGCUGGCGGUGAUGCCGCCAGUUCCUGUCCAUCCAUCCGUACACGUGUGCGGCGUCUCGUUGAGGGCAUGAAGGCACUUAAGGACGAGAAUGAAUCGCUGCGGCUGCAGGAAAUCGCCUCCCUGAAACAAAAGGCAUUUCUUCUGCAGGACUUUGAAGCGAUGCGGGAUAAAUUCGCAAGUCAAGAAAAGCGGCUCGGCGAGGAGUAUCAAAAACUGUUAGGGGAAUGCAAUGAACUUCGCGGGACGAUUGACCGUCGCAUGCAAGAAAUCCAGGAGCGGGACGACACACUUGCGAUGCAAGAGAGGCGGAAUACCGAACUUGAGGAGGAGCGUGAGAGGCUCCAUGCCGAGUGCGAUCAGCUUCGGCGGCAGAUAACGACAUUACGUGUCACGCGGGACGAUUUGCAAGUGUUGGAGGCGGGUCCGAAAGAGGCAGCCGUCAUUCUGCGAAGAGCGUCAGCUUUUUUGUACGGACGGCUCCAAAACGCCAUAAAUCAAAUAUCAGCGGUUUCCUCUUCUUCCUCUUUCACCUCCACCUUGUGGACAGCGGCAGAGGAAAAAGUCACUGAGAAGCAUCUACAAGAAGAUAAACCAGAGGGCAUCGUAAAAGCACUUGAUGUCAAUGAUGCGUCUGUUUCUGCAGCGCAGUUGAUGGCAGAGAGCGGCCGCGAACUGCGUCGCUGCGGGCAGGCCAUUCAGCAGAUCGAGCUUCAUUUAAGAACUGAGACGCAGCUGCGUCAUUGGGUGCGGUGGGUUUGUGUGCGGACAAAGGACGAAUUGGUUAGUGAGGAGGCAGCUGUGCGCACACUCCUGCGUGAGGCCUGUCGUAAUGGAGCCGUGCUGCUGAGCGAAAAAAUGCGGGUGUUGAAGGAGCGGGAUGACAUGCGGUGCCUCCUGCAGCAGCGCCUUGAAGAGGUGUUGAGCAAACACGAUGAGGAACGCGCGGCGUGGAAGCGACGUCUGCAGGAUUUAAACGAGACACAACAGUUGCCCUUUUGCUCAAGUUCUGCGGCGAGUAAUGUGGCAACAGUGAGGGAAGGUGCCUGUGAACUGCAGCGGGAGGGCCCGAGAGCCCACAGUCGUCUCGAACAGUGGAUAAUUGAGAACACGACGGCGCCGUUGCCCAACGCGUCCCUGCAACGAGCAGCAGCAGCAGCAGCGGCAGCGGCGGCGGUGGUGGUGGAGAAGACGACGGAGUUGUGCGGUGCCCCACGGGAGUGCGUACCGGCCGCCCUCGAGUUUCUGCCGGCCGUUGGCGGCGACGGGGCGACUGGCGAAUGGCGACCGGAGGAACCGCUGUCCGACGACGUGAAGUGUGUGCAAAAACUCGCAGAGGAUCUUUCACGAUGCCGAGUGCUUCUGCAGGAACAGUUAUUAAUGAUGGGCGAAGACAACGACGAUGAUGUCUCGCGAUCUGAAGAGCGACGGGAUGACGGGGCGGAUCAGAGAGCGUCCCUCUCCAGACUUAUGGAGCGACACAAGAGUUCUCUGAAGAGGCUUGUCUCUGAGCGUGCGGCGCUGCACGUUGCGUGGCAGGCGGCACAAAGUGAAGUUUUGAGGCUUCACCGCGAACUGCAUGAGGGCGAAGAGAGAUAUACGCGCGACACGGAGGAGGCGGGACGCCGCAUCGGCGAUCUCCGCGCCAUUGUGCAGCAGAAACUGGUCGCGGAUGCGAAGACGGAGCGGGAAAUGGAGGAGAUCCAGUCGGUGAUGGACCAGCACCUCGCUGUUCUUUACAGUUACGCCAAAGAAGAGGAGGCAGUGACACGUCACCUGCAUGAGUUAUGCCGGUUAAUGCGAUCCAAGACGAACGUCCAAAAACAACACACCCGACUGCAUUUUUAG